AGUGCACAACUCGGAGUAAUGCCACAAAAAUAUUAGAGAUGGAAACCGCAGCCCGGAGCAAAGACAACAAUUAUCGCCGACUCUGAAAAACCCAAAUCUGUUUUCCUUCGUCGUCUCGUCUUUGUCUUCUCUUCAUCUUCGUGUAUGCUUGUGGGAUAAUUCUCGUAAUCUUCGUUUCUGGAGCUGCGAGGGAAAAAAGGGAAGGAGAAGGCAUGGCGAAAGGCGACGAUGCGGUGAUGAGGAAGAAGAACAGAGUGAUGAGGAAGAAACUGAAUAGUAAGAACGAUUCUUCCACUGUCUCUGCUCGCAUCGCCUCCAUUAUCGCCGCCAAGAAGCGACGCAAGUCUGGCAAACGCCGAAUGUGCCAGGGAAUGUGUUUCAGCCUCCCUACUGCUGAAGAUCCCUUCAACGAUAGGCAUGAUAAAGUGGAGAUUAUCAAAAAGAAAACGAAGAAGGUAAAGAGUAAGAAAACCCUUUCGGAAAAAGGGUCCUUUCACAAAAUGGGAGAUGAUGAGACGCUGAAAGAAGACAAGAAAACAUCUGCUGUGUUGGUUAACAGUGUUGGGCACAAGGGUGGCGAUAAAUUAGGUGGAGAGGACAUUCAAAUUUCUAAGAAACAAGGUAAACUAGGUGGUCAGAUGCUGAUCAGCGAGAACAUGGAUGGUCCAGCAAAGUUUCUGAUUCUGUGUCUGAAUGAAAUAGAGAGUUCCUUCCGUAUUGAUGGUACCUACAGUGAGCAAAAUGAGAAGCCUUUGUUUGUUAACCCGUGGGGAAUUGAGUUCUGGAGAUGUUUCUCAGAUGGAAAAGACAUUCUAGAGACAAGUGGGUCAUCUUCAACCAUAGAACAAAUUGCAUGGAUUGUUUCAACUGCAGCAGAUGCUAUGGCAAGAAGGGAGAAGCAGGGUUUAGCCGUCAGCAUCCCUUUUCUUUUAUUCCUUGUACCAUCUCACUCCAAAGCUUCCAAGGUCCGAUCUGUUUGCAAGCCGCUGAAAGAUCUUGGAAUACAUACAGUGUGCUUACACCCUGGAGCUUCUCUAGAUCACCAAAUUUCCGGGUUGAAGAGCUGCGAGCCUGAGUUUCUAGUGUCUACCCCUGAGAGGCUUUUGGAGCUUGUUUCUCUAAAGGGUAUUGAUAUUUCGGGGGUUUCAUUGCUGGUGAUUGAUGAGCUAGGAUCACUUAGCAGCGGGGGUUGUCUUGAUGCACUUAAAAGCAUUAAGCAGACAAUUUCUAGCAAUCACCGUACCAUAAUCUUCAGCGAUAGUCAUAAGGCAUCCAAUGUAUCGGGCGCUCAGAGUCUUCUAGCAGGAUCCAUUAGCAGAGUCUCCCUCAACGAUUCUGUUGCUAGCCAAAGCUUCGGAAUCAUCCAGUCUGUAAAUAUCUGUGCUUCAGAUGACGAAAAGCUGCAAAAGUGCGCGGAGCUUCUGGAUUCACAUUCUUCAAAGGUUCUGUACAUCAUGAGGAAGGAAGACAGUCUUCAAAAGUUGAGGGUUCUCCUUAAGCUCAAGGGCUACUUGGUUUCAGGCAAGAAAGACUCUAAAAUUUUAGAGGUCAAGAAGAGCGGGAAGCCCUCAGCUUGCCUGAUCGAUUUGGAGCAGUUGGAUGAUGCUACGGGUAUCGAGGAAUUUGAAUCUGUCGUACUUCCUGAUUUCGUUCCAGCAACAGAAACUUACGUUGAGAUCCUCACGAAGAUGGCCAGGCAGAGCGUGCAGGGGUUAUUGCAGAGCUUUUUAACGGAAAAUGAGGCUUCCUCCUCGGCUGGAUCUUCUUUGGUGAAAGUCCUCGAGGAAUGUGGACAUGUUGUGCCGGAGGCCUUGAGAAACCUGUCUUGAAAUGGAUGACUGAUCAGUGUACCCAUUUUUGUCAGCUGCAGCAAGUUUUGGUUGGAGAAAAAGCCUUUUGAGGUAGAGCAAAGCAAAUUAUACGUAAUCUCCUAAAGGCUUGAUGUCUUUUUAUGGGUGUGUUAGCUCUUAGUCUAUGGGAAGCUCUUCUCCUAUUUUGUUUUUGGAUCAAAAUUUGUCAUUUAAGUUACAAACAAUCAUUCUAUUAUUCGUUUGAUGGGAUUUGAAAUAUAAACAUAUAGACUGAAUUUAUUGCAUGCAACUUCACAUCAGACAAGUCAA